AAGCCUGGGCCCCGCCCGUCCCAGCCUGGAGGGCCCCGCGCGCCCCACGCCGUUCGGUCCCGCAGGCCCCGAGUCCCAGGCCCGACCCACGCAGGGCCUACCUUUCCACCAUGAAAGGCUCCAGGGCCCUCAGCGGCCCCUCCGGCCCCCCCGAGGGCAGCCCGGAAAGCAUGGACCUGAGUCUGACAGGCCUCCCUCCGCCCAUGUCCCGGCGUCCCAACAGUGCCUCCACCGCCAAGCCCAUCGCCCGCUCCAUCUCCGUGGUCACUGGCAGCGAGCCAAGGAGGAAGAUGCUGGAGGCCCCAGGGCCCGGAGGCUCCCGCGCCAUCAGCAACCUUCGCAGAUCUAACAGUGCCACGCAGGUCAACCAGCCACAAGCCAACCAGGCAUGGCCUGGCCCCCUCAGGCCGGAAGAGCCCCCGGACUUCCUGACACUCUUUGAGGGCAGCCCCGGUGCGAGAAAGAGGCCUGCCAGUCUGAGCAAAGCUUCCAGCGAGAAGGGAGCCACGUGGAACGUCCUGGAUGACCAGCCCAGGGCCUUCACCUUACCACCCGAUGCCCAGAGUCCUGGCACCCUCGACGUGCCGGUGGGCCCGCGGAGGAGAGAGUGCACGGUGCCCCUGGCCCCCAACUUUACCGCCAACAACAGGAGCAACAAGGGCGCCGUGGGCAACUGCGUCACCACCAUGGUGCACAACCACUACACCCCCUCGGAGAAGGUGCCGCCCCCCAAGAGCUCCAACCACAUGGCUCCCUCCCUCAACAACAUCAUCAAGGCAGCCACGGACGAGGGCGAGGGCAGCAGCCUCGGGAAGCCGCAGAAGAACGCGGCCCGCAGCAACCACACGGUCCAGAACAACUCGGGGGGCAGCGCCGGCCAGCUCAGACGGAAGGAGGUGACCGAGGAGGAGGCUGAGAGGUGACCGCAGCCCGGGCUGGGAGGAGGCCGGAGGGACCAGUGAGAGAGACUUCUGUUUAAGAGUUGUUUUAAGAUAUGUAGGCUGAAAAGACCACCCGUACAAUUCUUUUUAUAUAAAACGUCAAGAAAGGUAAAUCUGCAGAAACAGAAAGUAGAGCGGUGGCUGCCUGGGGCCAGGGGAGUGCUUUGGGUGGCGAUGGAAGCGUU